GGCAACCUCUUUGGGACUAACUCAUGAAGAACAAGGGUGCCAAGCAGAAGCUGAAACGAAAGGGAGCCUCCAGUGCCUUCGGCUGUGACCUGACCGAGUAUCUGGAAAGCUCCGGACAGGAUGUUCCAUAUGUAUUGAAGAGCUGUGCGGAAUUUAUAGAGACUCACGGCAUUGUGGAUGGAAUCUAUCGGCUUUCAGGAGUCACCUCAAAUAUACAAAGGCUAAGGCAAGAGUUUGGUUCAGAUCAAUGUCCAGAUCUGACAAGGGAAGUGUAUCUCCAGGACAUCCACUGUGUGGGCUCACUCUGCAAGCUCUACUUUAGGGAGCUGCCCAACCCCCUCCUGACUUAUGAGCUCUAUGAGAAAUUCACGGAGGCCGUGUCACAUUGCCCGGAAGAAGGCCAACUGGCCCGAAUCCAAAAUGUUAUCCAGGAGCUUCCCCCAUCCCAUUAUAGGACCUUGGAAUACCUGAUUCGACACCUGGCCCACAUUGCCUCCUUCAGCAGUAAGACCAACAUGCACGCCAGGAACCUCGCCCUGGUGUGGGCACCAAACUUGCUCAGGUCAAAAGAAAUCGAAGCCACUGGGUGCAAUGGAGAUGCUGCUUUCCUUGCAGUUCGGGUCCAGCAGGUGGUGAUUGAGUUCAUCCUGAAUCAUGUGGAUCAAAUCUUUAACAACGGCACGCCUGCGUCUUUGGAGCACAAUGGUGGUGGUGCUGCUGCUGGCCAGGGCCCACACUUGGGGAACCAGUGGUCUAUGAGAACUCUAUCUGCCAAAUAUUUGGAAAACCCGCCCAUCACAAAGAGCCUGACCUUGCCAGCCCUCUCCUUGCCCAUGAAGCUGGUGAGCCUGGAGGAAGCUCAGGCCAGGAGCCUGGCUACUAACCAUCCUGCUCGGAAGGAAAGGAGGGAGAAUAGCUUGCCUGAAAUUGUCCCUCCCGUGGGCACCCUCUUCCACACUGUUCUUGAGUUACCAGACAACAAAAGAAAGCUUUCCAGUAAAUCAAAGAAGUGGAAAUCAAUAUUUAACCUGGGACGUUCUGGAUCAGACUCCAAAUCAAAGCUGAGUAGAAAUGGGAGUGUAUUUGUGAGAGGACAGAGGCUCUCAGUGGAAAAGGCUACUAUCCGGCCAGCUAAAAGCAUGGACUCGCUGUGCUCAGUGCCUGUGGAAGGGAAAGAAACCAAAGGAAAUUUUAAUCGAACGGUCACCACUGGUGGAUUUUUCAUCCCAGCGGCAAAAUUGCAUUCAACCAACACUGGUAGCUCAUGUGACCUCAGCAAGCAGGAGGGCGAAUGGGGCCAGGAGGGGAUGCCGGCAGGGGCGGAGGGGGGCUUCAACAUGAGCAGUGACCGAAGCCAACUUCAGGGCGCUCAGGCUCGGCCCCCACCUGAGCAGCUGAAGGUGUUCCGGCCUCUCGAGGAUCCAGAGAGUGAGCAAACAGCCCCGAAGAUGCUGGGUAUGUUCUACACAUCGAACGACAGCCCCAGCAAAUCUGUCUUUACCAGCAGUCUCUUCCAGAUGGAGCCCUCUCCCCGUCACCAGCGCAAGGCCCUGAACAUCUCCGAGCCCUUUGCAGUGUCCGUUCCGCUGCGCGUGUCAGCGGUCAUCAGCACCAACAGCACCCCGUGCAGAACACCCCCGAAGGAGCUCCAGUCGCUUUCCAGCCUGGAAGAAUUUUCUUUCCAGGGGUCAGAGGGUGGAGGUUGGCCUGAAGAUGACAAGCCACUGGGAGCUGAGACAUCUACAGCUUCCGUACCUAAGAAGGGGGUUCUCGAGGAAGCCAAGCCAGGACCAGAAGCAGUGAGGACGGUGGAAUGCAACAAAGGCCUUCCCCUGGAGCCAGGCCCCCAGCAGGAGGAAAAGAAGGCCUCGGAAGCAUCCCUGGACUGUCAACAUUCAAGUGACUUAGAGGAGAGGCUGGACCCAGAGAAGGCGGAGGAGGAGGGUCGAGAGGCUGACCAGGUGGAGCCCAGCACUCUGCAGGAGAGCCCCGGGGCCAGAGCCGAAGCAGUGUUUCUCCAGGACGUGGAUGAGGAUGACCUGGCCAAUGCCCUGAUCUGGCCUGAGAUACAACAGGAGCUGAAGAUCAUCGAAUCUGAGGAGGAGCUCUCCUCAUCGCCAGCACCUGCCCCAAAGAUCAGCCCCACUCAGCCAAUCCUGGAGGCCAGUCCGGCGGCUUCUGCUUCCCAGGAGGCUCCUGGGAGCUUGUCUUGUGGCCUACCACCAGGCUCCACCCCUCUGGAGGAGUGGACUAGGGAUCCAGCCAAUCAGACGGCACAAGGGACUUCCCCAGCAGCCAAUAGAGAAAAGCCAGAGACGACGAGCGUCCUCCGCAGACCCGAGACACAGAAGGGCCCUCGUCCGGACCCCACCAGCUUAGCUCCUCUGGAAAUUGUUCCAUUUGAAAUGGCUUCUUUACAAACAAAGGUGGGCCAGGAAGGCACAGGGAAUCUGUCGCCUCCUCUCCCGCCUGCUGCGCCUCCUCCAACUCCUCUGGAGGAGGCGCCUCGAGUCCAGCUAUCGAAGGGCAGUCCUGAGAGAGAAGACUCAUCUAGGAGUUUGAGGACAAAUCCAUGCACAGACCAGCUGAAGUCUAAUGGCAGCCCUGGGACUCCCAGCCUAUGUCAGGAGGAGGAGCCCUCUCUGGGACAGAGUGAAAAGCAAAAUUCAAAGAAUGCUGCUCAUGAGGGAAAAGGCUCUGGUUUUCAAAGCCCAGCAAGCGAGGUUGGGAUCUCCCCACAAGGAGAGGGGGAUGUAGCCCAUUCAGUGCAGGAGCCCUCAGACUGUGAUGAAGACGAAACUGUGACAGACAUUGCCCAGCAUGGCCUGGAGAUGGUGGAGCCCUGGGAGGAGCCCCAGUGGGUAACGAGUCCCCUUCACUCUCCCACCCUGAAAGAUGUGCAGGAGGCCCAGGUGCAGGGCCCCCAGGGCCACCGACUGGAGAGGAGGCUUCCCCACAGGCCCAGCCUUCGUCAGAGUCAUUCUCUAGAUAGCAAAACCACCACGGUUAAGAGCCAGUGGACUCUUGAGGCUCCCUCCUCCAGCAGCUGUGCUAACCUCGAAGCGGAGAGGAAUUCCGACCUUCUGCAGCCCCUGGCCCCCAGGAGAGAGAUAACUGGAUGGGAUGAGAAAACCCUGAAGUCCUUUAGAGAGUUCUCUGGGGACAGAGGGACAAAGGCUGCUCCCAGCCAGAAGGGACCGGGUGGUUUGCAGCCCAAAUCAGCAGAAAUCAGCCCUGGCAGCCUAGCAGAGGGAAAGGAACAGGGGACACACCAAGGGCACAGCAGCCCUCAGAUUGACCAAGGUAGUGUUCCUGGGCCAGACAACAGCAAAGAGAGUUCUCCUGGUGUGCAAGACAGUGCCUCAUGUGGAGAACAUCCCCCAAAGUUACAGCUGAAGAGCUCUGAGUCUGGGCUUCCAAAAGGGAAAAACAGGCCUUCUUCCCUCAAUUUGGACUCUGCCGUUCCCAUCACUGACCUCUUUCGGUUUGACAAUGUGGCCUCAUUUGGUUCACCUGGAAUGCAGCUCUCUGAGCCAGGAGACACAAAAGUCGCAUGGAUGACCUCAUCUCACUGUAAAGUAGACCCGUGGAGUCUUUGCUCCCAGGACCCUCAGGACCUGGACAUUGUGGCUCAUGCCCUGACGGGCCGCCGUAACUCAGCUCCUGUGAGUGUGUCAGCUGUGAGAACCUCCUUCAUGGUCAAAAUGUGCCAGGCUAGGGCAGUCCCAGUCAUCCCACCCAAGAUUCAGUACACACAGAUCCCACAGCCCCUGCCAUCUCAGAGCUCAGGGGACAGUGGAGUUCAGCCUCUGGAGAGGAGCCAGGAAGAACCCAGCUCAACUGGUGGGACCUCGCAGAAAUCUUCCAGAGAUGAUUCUCUCUCCUUGGAAAGCCCAAAAGAAGAGAAGCCAAAGCAAGAUAUGGGAGCCAUUGAGACCUCGCCAAUGGAUACCAAUACAUCCCACAUGUGCGAGGGACCCACCCUUCCUCCAGAACCAGUCUUGGCUAACGUGCUCUCCACCCAGGAUGCAACAGUGCAAUGCAGAAAGCGUACAUCAGAGACAGAGCCUUCCGGAGACAACCUUCUUUCUUCAAAAAUGGAGCGACCAUCAGGGGGUUCUAAACCUUUCCACAGGUCAAGGCCAGGAAGACCUCAGAGCCUUAUCUUAUUCAGUCCUCCUUUCCCCAUUAUGGACCACCCACCCCCUUCCUCCACAGUGACAGAUUCCAAGGUUCUCCUGUCCCCUAUCAGAAGUCCCACCCAGACAGUUUCCCCUGGCCUUCUUUGUGGGGAUUUGGCAGAAAACACGUGGGUCACACCAGAAGGGGUUACGCUUAGGAAUAAAAUGACCAUCCCUAAGAAUGGCCAAAGACUAGAGACCUCAACCAGCUGUUUUUACCAGCCCCAGAGGAGGUCAGUGAUUCUGGAUGGAAGAAGUGGGAGGCAAAUAGAAUGACAUCAGUUCACCUGCUGGUGUCUGAAAAAAAAAAGUCAUGAUUCAUCAUCUGGAAGUUAUUACAGGGCCAACUUGCCAUUAUUCCAGGCAUAGGUUAUCCAAGUUUGGACUUAUUUUGGCCUCUUUUCUUUCUUCAGCUUUUUGACCAUUUAUUAAUUAGUCCAUUUGCCAGAAGAGAGGUCAAGGGAAGGACCAAGAAAUGAAAUUUGGAUCAGUCCUUAACAGCAGGUGGGAAAAGGUCAGGUAAAGGAAGAAGCUGAAAUGCUUUCUUCCAAUGAGAUUUGGGGUUGUUUCUGAGUUGUGUUUCUCCCACACUGUCAUUACCUAUUACUGUUGAGAGUUGGCUAAAAAUAACGUUUUUUUGAAAGAAAGAGAAAUCCUUUGCCUGUGUUGGAAAAUGUUGCUGUUGAGGUUGGAAGGCCUCCUCUUUCCUUCACGCUUUUUAAUGCUCCUUAAAGCAUGCGUUCUUUUAGACCAGUUUUCUGAUAAGCUUUGUACACAUUUACACUCCAGAACAGAAGUAGGUUUGGAAGUGCAAACUAAUGUACACUUACAGAUCCGACAGGGUAAAGGUGCCCAUGCUCUUUCCCUGGAACCUCUGCAGACUUGUGGGAGAUGGUUGCAUGUAUCAGCAUAGAAAAUCAGAAUCUAUACACAAAUUCUAUGACUGGCAAAAUCUAAGAGGACUGCCUGGUGUGGCUUUUGUUAUUUUUUGGGGACUCUGCCAUUCUCCUGACCUCUGAUGUAUAAAUCUAGUGGUUGGGCAGACUGGGGGCUGAGCUGAAGGUUACCUCAAUGAGGUGUGCUGAAUUUUCACUUAGGUAGGCAACAGUGAAGUGAUCUGUGUUCUUUCCAUCAGAGUCCACAGACAGGAUAUCAUCGUAGAGAACAACCUCACGCAUAGGUAGAACUAUGCUCCAAAGUCAGUGUGUUUAAAUUGAUGGGGCAUUAGUAGAAAACACUUCUAGCUCAGGUUCCCUGUCCUUCCACACUAGGCUGGGAGUACAGGAGAGGAUAAGGAGGGAGCCCCAACAGGGUGGCCAUCUCUGUCACUUGGGGAGAAAUGCCCUUUGGAACAUGUAUUUCAUUUUAGCCAGUGGGUACCUCCCUUUCUUCCUCUCCUUCCAUUACUCAGAGCAGAGUUGAGGCACCUUUCUCCAUCCCAUAACCCCCCUCAUCCAUUACCCUAGGCCAUUCUCCUGUCUACAUGCAAGCAGAAGCAAUAAACCAAUGUGAUCUUAUUUCAGUUAUUUAGAACCUCAGUGCUUCUUUCUUUUUCAGCUGGUAAGAGGAAGGAGAAUUAAUAGAACCUACUGGUAGAUUUUUGGUGCUCCCCCAAAAAGGGAUUCACAGGAGCCCCUCUCAAGGCAAAACCCAUUAGGGUAUCAGUGGUUUCAAACCUUCUAACGCAACAAUUUUAUUUAGAAAGAAAUAAAGUUCUAGCUCUGUGCACAUCUUCUCAGGUUCAAGUCUGGCUGAACUCUGUCCACAAGCUCUGUCAUUGCAUCAGCAGACCUCACAAUCCAGGCCGCUGGUGGGAUGGGUAGGGGCUGAACUGAAGUUACCUCGUCCGGGGAGAAUUGGAGGUGGUGCCCUGCAACAGAUCCAUAUUCCCCUCUCCCUUCUUCCCUGAUAAACCUUACAGUUUUGAAAUCUUGUGCUGACCCUUUUAAGCCAGUGUCUGUUUCAGGGGUAACUGGGAGGCCAGCUGAUGAGUUCUCCUUUCAGAGGGCACUGAGGUGAAUGAACAAGGGGAGCGGUUAAUAGGUUCAGUGUCUUGCCUUCUCAUUCGGUGAGCGAGACCCUGGACCAAUGGGUCCAGCCAAUGGGAUGUCAACCCGUAAAAAAAAGUGCCGGGGUAUGGCGUUUUCCCUCCUGGGCAAGCAAGGUGAAGAAAUAUAGUGGUGACAGAUGAGAAAGGCCAUGCUCAGGAGAUUUGACAAGUACAUUCCUGCCUUAUCAGAAAAUGUGGGCAGAUAGGCUUUAUCCCAAUUGCAGUGCACUGUGGUGUCUAUGCUUUGAUAAAGACCAUGUUCUAGUUAGAAUGUGAGAGAGGAAAGGAACUGGACUUUGCUUCACCAUCAGAACUCUUGAGCCACAUAAUGAAAUAUUUAAACUAUUUUAUGAUUAUUUUGAAUUUUUGUUUGUAACGCUUAGAGGAUAUAUUUUAUUUGGGGAUAGACUGAGAAGCCACUAAGUACACCUUAAUACAUGAGUUCUGCCCGAGACUCGUAGGCAGAUUGUUAAAUGGCUGCUAUGCCCCAUAGACUGACAUCUUUUUUUUUAGCAUCGUCUUCAGGAGUGUGGGUGUGUGGAUGCUGUCAUGAGACCCAAUGACAACUGUCUGGAGACACUCUCUAUUCUGAGUUUUCCAAAGCCAGUGAAUCCGGAAGGCUGUGGAAGCUGACUCAUCUUCUCUACCAGUGUCCCACGGCUAAAGUGUGGACUUCUUCAAUACAGCCCAGCCUGUCAACUGUCACAAACACAUUCAUAAGCUUCCUGUGGGCUGGGGCUAACCUGACGCUGAGGAAAUUCCAUUUCAUGGCAAAGAGAACUCAGAUUUCCUCCCCUGAAAUUGUUCCCUCAAAUGCUCCAAGAUUACCUGUUUGGUCAUUCAUUUGGGACUGAAAAAAGACCCCCCUGAGAAUGGCUGGAUGGAAA